AUGCCCAAGUGCAUGAAGUUUGAGAUACAGCAGUCUUCAUCGGAUAGGAAUGCGAAUGCGGAUAGGAAGCACGAUACGAAGAUCAUGCACAUACACGCAUACGGAGGACGCAAGACCCCAGAUUAG